AUGGAAGACUUGGAGGAAUCGAAGUCUAACUGUAGUGUGGAAUCUAAUAAACUGCCACCAAUGCGGACAAUGAUGAAGUCAAAGAUUAAUGUGCGCGACCAGAGUUCUAGACAGCAUGGUCCAUCGUCCGUUCCACCAUCUUCAGGGUCAAACACUUGCGAAGCAGACACGGAGAAAGCGUCGUGUAUGAGAUCAGCUUCAUUGGGAAACAGAGAGGGCAUGAGUAUUAUACCCCCUGAAUAUACCAGUAGCAUAUUUCCUGUUUCUCCUCCGCCAUUGACAAAAUGGAAGAUGAACACAAUUCUUUCAGCCAGUAUUUCUAAUCGUCCACCAGCUUUCGAAAAGACAUACCCCACCGCCGGAAAAAGCGAAAAGGAUGAAGCAACGGCUAGUAUGCCGCCUGAAUUGGAAGACGUGGAGAACCGGACUUCUGCAUUCAGCGCGUAUGAUGAUCGUGUAUCGCCUGUGAAACCAUCUCCUCAGAUUGCAGAGGACUCCUUAACUCCAGCCCCAGCGUCAAAUACUGGAGUUUCUGUUGGAAGGCUGCGUGAAACAUCGGAGCAACGUCAUGUGUGCGACAUGGCAGUUGGAAGCAGGAGUCCUAUUCGACAAAAUUCGAACUCUUCUAAUGUUAUGGCUCAGAAGCAGGAUCAGUGCAAGCGUUCUAAGUGUAAGACAUCACAGAUGUGUCAGUUUUGCCCAAAGGAGUUCAAGCACGCUUCUGGCCUCCGCAAGCAUGAACGUGUUCAUACUGGAGAUCGGCCAUUCAAGUGUAAUAAAGCUUGA